AUGGAAGGGGUAGAAUUUACCCAACCAUCAGGAAGUAGCAUUUUGGCUGCUUCGAUGAGCUCUUCGAUAGCUCAGCAACAUAUACAGAUGAAUAGUAAUAUUAACGUAGGGCUUGAGACCUCUAUACAUGCUCAAACUAACGCAAGUCACCCUAGUCAGAAUACAACUUCUAAAGAAGCGAAGAAAGAUGACGGUUGGACUAUUAUUAAGAAGACUCAACGUUUUAGUAUCUUCAUCCUGCAAGACAGUCUUCCAGGCGAUAAUAUUAUUGCUAAGAAAAAUUUUGUCUAUAGGAAAAUUUCGGAUGUGCUUGGGCUAAUUUCAUUGGCACCAACUUUCAUUAAAGGUAUUAAGGUGAUUCGAGCAACAUAUGAAACAGAAGCACAAGCGGCUGAAGUUUGUGCCAAGAAAAUUGCAGAUGAUAAUGAUGUAAGAUUUGCUAAAUUGGAAGUAAUCAACAAUCAGCAACAUGAUAAUCUUAAUGAUUAUGAAAUUAAAAUCUGGGAUGUUCCACUAGAUGUGGACAAGCAGAUGUUAGAAGUAUAUUUGAAAAGUUUCGGACCAAUUAAAACCCUCAAGUUUAAUGUAAAAAAUUUAUGCUAUGAAGUAGUAGUUAGAUUCAACGGUAAACAAGUAGAAGAAAAAUUUAAAGACUUAUGGUCAUUGAGAUUUUGCAAGUAUGCAUUCAGGAUUUUUCCAUCUAAUUUAAUCAAGGAUGAAAAAAAUUUACGUUUUAAAUAUGGGUUGAAAUUAGCUAAUUUACCAGUAGGUACAUAUGCUGCAGAUUUGAAAGAUAUUAUUAUACAAAUGAAGGCGAAAUCAUGUUUCGUACCUAAGAAUAGGUUUUCAAAAAAUUAUGAGAAAGAAAGGUUUGCAUUUGUCUUUUUUGAUAAUGAGAACGACUUUAAUAAUGCCCUAGGAAAAAAAUUCUCUUUCAACAAUCGAGGUUUAGUUUUCGUUAAUUAUGAUGCAGUCACGUGCCAUGUUUGCGGUUCUCCUUAUCAUCGAGUCAGAACAUGUCCAGAAAAUCAAAGGAAAAGAAACUUGUCAUCAACACACGAAGUGUAUCAACAGAUUUAUAGUAGAUAUGGAGUAAAAGCAUCCAGACCAAGUAUAGGAUUCAGACCAUUAUUCCCUAGAAAUUCACAAUAUCAAUCGGAUGAGUCAGAAGGUAUGCACAAUUGGGAUGAGCAAGUCGAACAAGAAAUGCCAUUACAAGGUCCUUCAAGUUAUGCUGAGGCUGCAAAGAAAAUUAAGACAGUAUCCAAUGUGAGAGCAAAUGUUUUAACAUCAAGUCAAGGUCCAUCUCAAUCUUAA